GAAACUUCAUGUAAAUCUUUAAUCCAUAUGAAUCAGCCCUGCUACCUUUAAAUAAUAUAUCUCAGUGGAAAAUAAAACCAUUUAGAUGAAUCUCUCUUCAAUUAUUUUUUUUGUCAUUCGAAAAUUGAUGAAAGAACAUAAAGAUCACGUAGUGGUGAUCACCUACGGACCAUCGUCGGAGGGUUCAGUGACGGCGUCACCAAUAUCUCAUCAGACCCCGUCUUCGUUUGCAUAUUCCGUAACGCCGUCAGCAUCGAGGUUCAGCUCCCGACGAGCGUCGGUUAAUGUUUCCGGUUUAGUUCUCCGGUUUAUAACUUUGGUUCUCUGUUUUGUCUCUGCCCUUUCGCUGGCAGUGAAUGUUCAUCGGCCUUCACUGAGACAUCAGACACAGAGCUCCUCGAGUUUCGCUUCAUAUCCUGAACUAUUGUAUUGUUUUGGUGUAGCAGUGACAGGAUUCGUGUAUACAUCUCUGCAAACUUUCAAAGGAGUUUGUGAUAUAACCCACAGAGGAGUUUUAAUCUCUGAACCUCUCUCGGAUUACAUCAGCUUCAUUCUUGAUCAGGUUAUAUGUUAUCUACUAGUAUCAUCUUCUUCCGUGGCAAUUGCAUGGAUCCAACAUAGAAACGAGGAUGCUAUAAAAACACUGAGAAACAGUUCCAUAGUUUCAGCUUCAAUGUCCUUCUCUGCUUUUGUGGUUUUGACACUCUCUACCCUCUUGUCUGGAUAUAAGCUUUGCAAGAGAUUUAUGUGGUAAACAGUUCUUGUAGAGGUUCUUUUUGUAAGUAAUGAUCACGAGGAAUAUUGCAGUAGUUACGUAUUAAUUUGUACAUGCAUGACCAUUGA